AUGGAAACUGAGAAACCAAAAUCAGCAAUGAACAACAGAAGCAAGAAAUUUGCCAAGACAUUUCAGAAGGUUAUUAGUCUCAAAAGUGCUACAAAAAUUGCUUCAAACAAUGGAAUUUGCAUGCUCAACUCAAAUCUCAAAGUGAAAGAAGAUUCUUUCACAGAUCAUCAUAUCAAAACCAAUGGCAACAACAACAAGAACAAGGCGCGAAACAAAGCGGUUAUGGAAGCUCUAAUUGCGAGGCUUUUCGCCGGUGUAACAACCAUAAAAGCAUCAUAUGCAGAGCUUCAAAUGGCUCAACAUCCUUACAACAAUGAUUCAAUUCAAGUAGCUGAUCAAGCAGUGGUGGAUGAACUAAGAGCCAUAUCAGAAUUGAAAAGAAGGUUCUUGAAAAAAGAACUUAAUCUUUCACCUCAAGUUACCAUAAUGCUUGCAGAGAUUCAAGAACAACAAAGCAUAAUGAAAACAUAUGAAAUCACAAUCAAGAAGCUUCAAGGAGAGGUUGAUGCAAAAGAAUCACACAUCUCAUCACUCAGAAAAAAACUUGAUGAAUGCAUUUCAUUCAACAAAUCACUUGAAAAAAAGCUUAACUCAAAUGCUUCUUUAUCACUCUUUGUUAACCUUGAAAUUUCAAUGUUGAAUCAUACUCAUUUUGUUUAUUUUCUUCAUCAUACUUUGAAAUCAAUAAGAACUUUUGUGAAGCUUAUGAUUGAAGAAAUGGAAUCAGCAAAUUGGGAUGUUGAAGCAGCUGUUAAAUUCAUUCAUCCAAAUGCAGUUUUCAAUAAACCAAGUCAUCGUUGUUUCGGUUUCGAAUCAUUUGUUUGCAUAACAAUGUUUGAAAGCUUUAACUAUCCAAAUUUCAUUUUUUCAAAUGACCCUCUUCAUAAUUAUCAUCAAAAUCACUACUUUGACAAAUUCAAGAGACUAAGAUCUUUGAAUCCAAAACAAUACUUAGAAAACAAUCCAAAUUCAUCUUUUGCAAAGUUUCUAAAAUCCAAAUAUCUUCAACUUGUUCAUGCUAAAAUGGAGUGUUCUUUGUUUGGAAAUCUGAACCAAAGGAAGCUAGUGAAUUCUGGAGGGUAUCCAGAUUCUGCUUUUUUCUUAGCUUUUGCUGAGAUGGCAAAGCGUGUUUGGACAUUGCAUUACUUAGCAUUGUCAUUUCAAGAAAAUGUUAGCAUUUUUCAGGUUAAGAAGAAUACAAGAUUCUCUGAAGUUUACAUGGAAAGUGUAACAGAAGAAUCAGUUUCAACUACUUCAGUGGAUUCUACUACAGAUUCUAAUUCCGGCGAGUUUCGCGUGGUUUUCACGGUGGUGCCAGGUUUUAAAAUUGGUAAGACAGUGAUUCAGAGUCAGGUUUACUUGUCUUUGGUGGAUUCUUCUCCUUCAAGUUCAUGA